AUGGCUGAAUUCAAUCAGAAUUCAAUGUGGCCACCAUCUGAUACGUGUGCCACGCAUUCUCAGGAUUUACUAGGAAAUAGAGGCUUUGGAAGUCUCGACCUACCACGUCCGAAUCUUGAUGACCAGUUUGAUAACGAUAAUUUCGAUCCUAUACCUAGAGAUGCAUAUUUAAUGCCAUUUUCACAGAAAAAUAAUAAACUGGUGACAAAAAUCUCACCUGCUGAGUUCGUAAAGAUACUUUCUGCUUCUUGCCCGAUGAACUACGACAGAGUCAUCAUCUGUGAUUGCAGAUAUCCCCACGAGUUCAAAGGGGGCCAUAUACUAGGAGCUUUUAAUAUUAUCAGAUAUAAGCAACUUUUUGAUUUGUAUACUAAAUUCAAAGAUCAAAAUGUAUGUGUAAUAUUCCAUUGCGAGUUUUCUCAGAACCGAGGCCCCACUUGGGCGCAGAUUUUCAGAAAACUCGACAGAGACGAGAACAUGUCUCGCUACCCGAAUCUUUCUUUUCCCGAUGUUUUCGUACUUGAAGGCGGAUACAAAAAAUUUUACAAGGAAUAUCCUCAGUAUUGUAUCGGUGGAUAUACGCCCAUGGAUGAUGACGGUGUACCUGAUAAAUCAAUCCUGAAAAGAGCCAAGUCUGCAUAUGAGUUUGAAACUCGUGCUCAUCUUGGCCUUAGAACACCGCCAUGCCCGAAGAGAGCUAAUUCGACAAUACAGUUCGAUACCGUUAAGCUCAGUCACUUGCUUUUCUUUAAUAGUCAGCCAUCCAAAUGA